GUCCUCUCUCUGGGGGCAGACGUUCUGCCCGAGUACAAGUUGCAGAACCCGCGCAUCCACAACUACACCAUCCUGCACUACUCACCCUUCAAGGCCGUCUGGGACUGGAUCAUCCUCAUCUUGGUCAUCUACACGGCCAUCUUCACGCCCUAUGUGGCGGCCUUCCUGCUGGGUGAGCCGGACUUCAACAACAGGAAGAACAAGAAGUACAGCGAAGAUCCCAUCGUCAUCAUCGAUCUCAUAGUGGACGUGACGUUCAUCGUGGAUAUCCUGAUCAACUUCCGGACCACUUAUGUGACAGGGAACGACGAAAUCGUUUCUGAUCCGGUUCGAAUUGCCUUCCACUACCUCAAAGGAUGGUUCCUCAUAGAUUUGGUGGCUGCGGUGCCAUUCGAUCUACUAUUCUUCGGCACCGAUACGGACGAGUUGGGCUUGGAUAAAGACGAGACCACCACCCUGAUAGGUCUGCUGAAGACAGCCAGGCUGCUCAGGCUGGUGAGAGUAGCUAGAAAGAUCGACAGAUAUUCCGAGUACGGGGCUGCAGUCCUGCUCCUGCUGAUGGCUACUUUUGCUCUCAUAGCUCAUUGGAUGGCUUGCAUUUGGUACGCGAUAGGCAACGCAGAAAGGCCAAUGCUUCCAGUAAAAAUAGGCUGGCUAGACGUUCUAGCCAACGAUACGCAACAAUUCUACCUAGCCAAUAAUACUGGCGGACCCAGUAUACGAAGCCGCUACGUCACAGCACUCUACUUUACCUUCACGUCGCUGACGAGCGUCGGAUUCGGCAACGUUGCACCCAACACCGAUGCCGAGAAAAUAUUCACCAUCUGCGUGAUGCUGGCAGGAUCUCUGAUGUAUGCCAGCAUCUUCGGCAACGUUUCGGCCAUCAUCCAGCGGCUGUAUUCGGGUACUGCCCGCUACCACACGCAGAUGCUGCGCGUGCGCGAAUUCGUGCGCUUCCACCAGAUCCCCAAUCCGCUGCGCCAGCGCUUGGAGGAGUACUUCCAGCACGCGUGGACUUACACGAACGGCAUCGACAUGAACUCGGUGCUCAAGGGGUUCCCCGAGUGCCUGCAGGCCGAUAUAUGUCUGCAUCUAAACAGGAACUUGUUGCAGAACUGUAGUGUGUUCGAUGGGGCCAGUCCGGGAUGUCUGAGGGCCCUCUCGCUGAAGUUCAAAACUACGCACGCGCCACCUGGUGAUACUCUAGUACAUCGCGGAGACGUUCUGACUUCGCUUUAUUUCAUAUCAAGAGGAUCCAUCGAGAUUCGCAGAGACGAUAACGUUAUGGCAAUUUUAGGUAAAUUUGAUAUUUUUGGAGAAAAUCCAUGUUUACAUCCCACAUUGGGAAAGUCCGCGUGUAACGUACGAGCCCUGACCUACUGUGAUCUACAUAAAAUUCAUAGGGACGAUUUGUUAGACGUUUUGGAACUCUAUCCGGAGUUCUACACCCAUUUUUUGACUAAUUUAGAAAUCACCUUCAAUUUGAGAGACGACGAUCAAGCUGGAGUAGUACCUAGGAGGUCGUUCUUUCCCAAGGACAAGGAAACGAGGUACUUCAGGGGAGUACCCUCGGCAAGGUCCAACGGGCUCUCUAGUCGAGGGAAUUCGGUGAACGGUCGACAAGAGUCCCAGUACAGUGACGAAUCUGAAUCAGGGCACGGCAUCCUAGAAUUUUCCACGGACAAAGCAGGGCAAGAUGUGACUCCUAUGAAUUUGAAUUUUGGAGAAGAAAAACGACGGUCUUCAACUCUGAAUUCUAUAACAGGCAUGCUAUCUCAACUCAAACGAAGUAUUCCUGAUCUAAGGUUACACAAAACACACCAGCCUCUAUUAGCUCAAUCGACCCCACCGUCCAGCCACCGCGUGCGCAUCAUCCGACGCCAGUCGUCUAUCGGCGGCGCUUACCAGUCGCAAGAGGCGGCGACGAACGUCUGCUCGCCGCCCCCGCUACCCCCGGGCGCCGCGACGCCUCGCCAGGCUUCGGGGCCGCUGUCGAGCAGCACCAGCUACUACACGAACAGCCCCAGUCCGCCCCAUGGGGCUGAGGGGACAACGCAAGCCGAGGAAGUGCUGGUGCCCCUGGACCAAUUUCCCCCGCCGCCGACCACUCGCCCCCACUCCCACCGAUCGCCACAUUCCACGCCGGAGCCGGCCUUCUGUGCCGGCGCGCCGGACACCGUCCCCGUCGGCCGGCGCCACCUCGACUCCAUCGACGCCAAGCUGGAGCGUCUGUCGGGGCGCGUCGCGGCGCUCGAGACGUCGCUCGCCGCCGACGUCAAGGCCAUCUUGGCGCUGCUGCAGCCGCAGCGGCAUGUGACAGGAAGCAGCGAACAGGUGGUCGUGCCUGUCAAGCAAGAGAUGCCUGCUUAUGAAAAUGUAGACAUAGAUCCAAGUAGAAGUAGAUAUACUUUUCAAAGAUCCGUUAGUGAGCCAAAGCCUAUAUCAAAAACUCAUCAUUCCCAAGUCCUUCAUAGGUUUGCAUCGUUCAAUAAAGCUUUCGAUUUCGACAAAUGUCAGGAUUCCUUAUGGACGGAAUCUCUGAUACCGAAAGAAAAGGAUGGCAAAGAAGAAAGAACAGCUCCAAUCGCGAAAUUAGAAUCUUUAGAUGAAUUAGACUUGGAAUCACCGUUAAGCAGCCCAAAAAAGCCGAAGAAAUGA